AUGGCGCUCGCAGGCAAGCACUCCUCGAAACCUCGAGCAGGAGAGCUCGAGCUCGGGGACUUUCCGGACCAUGCGCUCUGCCGGAUACGCAUCACUUUCAUGUCCAAGAGCGUGCAGGACCUGGAGAAGGUCUGCGCGGAGCUGAUCAAGAAUGCCAAGGAGAAGAGGUUGAAAAUCAAGGGACCGGCUCGAAUGCCCAACAGGACCAUGCGCAUCACCAGCAGGAAGUCCCCUUGUGGCCAAGGGACCAACACGUGGGACACUUUCGAGCUCCGAGUUCACAAGCGCGUGAUCGAUCUCUUCACUUCCACUCAGAUUGUCAAACAAAUCACAUCUGUCAACAUCGAGCCUGGUGUUUAUGUCGAAGUCUCCAUCUGCGAGGCCUAG